AUGAUUGGAAAAGAAAUGUGUGAAAUUAUAUUAUUUUGUAAUCAUCCUGUUACUGGCGAAUUAAUGGAUUUAUUACUUAAAGUUCAUAAAGAUGAAUUACUACCCAGUGUACUGGAUAAAGCUUAUGAGUUAAUGGAAUUUGCUCCUCAUAUUCCUAUUAAGAGAUGUCGUUUAGUUAAAUAUAAUUUCUGGAAUGAAGUAAUGGAACAGUCCUUUGAUGAGUUUCAACAUCAAACUAUUGGACUGAUAGUAGGUAGGGCUGGAAAUUAUUCCUUAUUCUUAGAAACUCGUAAAGAAAAUGAAACCUUUAAGAAAUACAAUGAUGGAGGUGUUAAUCUAAAGGUAUCAGUGGUUGAUCUGUCAACUGGUGAAGUAGGACCAGCUGUACCAAUGAGAGGAGAGCUAGGUUGGACUGUUGAAGAAUUAAAACAACAUAUAGGAGACUUAUUUAAUAUCAAAUCAUCAUGUAUGAGAAUAGUAAAGGAGGAGCCUGAGGAUUACUGGAGUGAUAGUUCAGUCCGUGAUAUUAGUGAUGUAGGAGGCACUCUAAGAGGGAUACCCAUCAGUAUAUACAAUCAAGCAAUAUUUCACCUCAUACAGUAG